AGAUACAUUUUGGUCAAUUAUAAGUUGAAUGGUAAUUAUCCCUACAAUGAUUUGAUCAUCUAUGAAAUGGGUGGCGGUAACGGUACCUUAAUGUGUAAUAUUCUAAAAUAUAUCAAGACAAAUCAACCAGAUAUUUAUGCCAGAACCCAGUAUAAGAUUAUUGAAAUUUCAAGUCAAUUAGUGGCUAAACAAAUGGAGAGUGCAUUUAAGAAUAAGUUGAUUAGCCAUGGGUUAGAUAGUGAUAAGCUUCAAAUUUAUAACAAGUCUAUAUUCAAGUGGAACAAUGUUGUUAAUGAACCAUGUUUCUUUAUUGCAUUAGAAGUGUUUGAUAAUUUUGCUCAUGAUUUAAUUAGCUAUGAUAAUACCACCGGUGAACCAUACGAGGGUAAAGUUGUAAUUGAUGACCAUGGAGAUUUCUACCAGUUCUUCACUUCUGAAUUGUCAUACUACUCAAAUAUGUAUUUAAACUUGCGUGAAAAUAGUGCAUUCUCAGUCUUAAGGCAACAAGGAACCUUACAAGGUAGCGUUGAAAAAGUCAAGUCGUUAGUCAGUCCAGACAAUGUACAUCCAUUAUUACAUUCAACCAAGAAAUUACAGUACAAGAAUAUGUUCUUGCCAUUCAAGGACAAUUUAACCCCGGGAGAAUUCAUACCGACUAGACUCAUCCAAUUCUUUCAAAUCCUUCGCCAUAAAUUUCCUAACCAUUCACUCAUUUGUUCAGACUUCAAUGCAUUACCAAAGACAAUACCUGGAGCAUACAAUUCACCAGUAGUACAAACUGUUCUUCAAGAUAAAAUGAUUGAUGUUACAACAUACAUGUGUCAUCAAGGGUACUUUGAUAUUAUGUUUGCUACUGAUUUUGAUUUAUCAAGUGAAUUAUAUAAGAAAUUAACUGGAAAAGUACCUCGUGUGGAAACCCAUCACGAAUUCUUGAAUCAAUGGGCUGAUAUCGAAGCCACCUCUACUAAAACUGGGGAAAAUCCAAUGUUGGACUUUUAUAAAAAUGUAAGUUUCAUGGUGAGUUAA